UGGAGACUCGAACAGCGAUCUCGACGUGUUCGCCGAUCUGAAAAGCAAUUACUUCGGUGGCGCUCAAGUCAACAGCAGAGCAUAAUCCGGGAGAUGACGAAGCUGCUGAAGUUGCGCUCCGACUUGUUCCAGUUGGUCUUCAGUAUACCGACCGCUCGCACCCCGAUCAUCCGGUUCAUGCACGCCAGCACCGAAAUAAACUGCGAUCUGAGUUUCAUGAACGGCCUCAGCGUCGAGAACACGAAAUUCGUCAAGUUCUGUUACGAUCUGCAGCCGAUCAGCCGCGACGCCGUCCUCCUGCUGCGCUGUUUCAGCAACAUCGAAUCACUGUACGGCGAGUACAAGAUCUGCUCGUACGCCUUCAGCAUGAUGUUGCUCUUCUACAUGCAAACGAAAGGAUGGCUGCUGUCCGUCCAGCGUCUUCGCUCGCUGACGAACACCGAUGUUCAAGUAAUCGAUGGUUGGCCGAUCAUCGAUUACAACGAAUCCGUCGAAACGUUGAAGCAGAACGUCGAAGAAUACACGGGCGGCGGCGUGUACCAACUGGUGAAGGGAUUCUUCGAAUUCUACAACGAGUUCAAUUUCGAGAAGGACGUCGUGUGUCCGUUCAUGGGAGUCAUCGUGAAACGCAAGCAAUUCAACGGUGACGGCGUAAAUCUUCCGUCGGAGAUGUCCGUUUACCGGAAGAACUUGAAGGAGGGUGAGUCGUUCCGCGUCGACGACUGCUACAUGUGCGUUCAAGAUCCGUUCGAUCUUUCGCAUAAUCUGACCAAAGCCGUGAGCAGCGAUGCCGUUGCCAGUUUCAAGUUCAAAUGCCGUAACGUCCUGCAGAUGUUCAGUCAUUGAUGAACGAAGACGAAACGCUUAAUCGAAGUGUGCGUGGGACCACAGAGUGUUUUUUUUGACAUGUCUGCUUGUCGUGUUGUUAAUUUUUUUUUUUCAUACCUGUGUUUAUACAAAUGUUAAAUCAUGUGCUCUUUGUCAAUUAUAACACGUAGAUAUAUUUUU